UUGUGCCCUCCCCAGAGCCACCCCCGCCAUGAACUGCCGCGCGGAGGUGCUGGAGGUGUCGGUGGAGGGUCGGCAGGUGGAGGAGGCCAUGCUGGCCAUGCUCCACACCAUCCUGCUGCACCGCAGCACGGGCAAGUUCCACUACAAGAAGGAAGGCACCUACUCCAUCGGCACCGUGGGCACCCAGGAUGUGGACUGUGACUUCAUCGACUUCGCCUAUGUCCGCGUCUCCUCCGAGGAGCUGGACCGGGCUCUCCGCAAGGCUGUCGGGGAGUUCAAGGAUGCACUGCGCAGCUCAGGCAGCGACGGGAUGGGGCAGAUCUCCCUGGAGUUUUACCAGAAGAAGAAGUCACGCUGGCCCUUCUCAGACGAGUCCAUCCUCUGGGAGCUGUGGACCAUCAAGGUAAACGUGGUGAACCUGGCAAACGAGCAGGAGCGGCAGAUCUGCAGGGAGAAAGUGGGCGAGAAGCUCUGCGAGAAGAUCAUCAACAUCGUGGAGGUGAUGAACCGCCACGAGUACCUGCCCAAGAUGCCCACCCAGUCCGAGGUGGACAGCGUCUUUGACACCAGCCUGAAGGACGUGCAGCCCUACCUGUACAAGAUCUCCUACCAGAUCACGGACUCCCUGGGCACCUCGGUCACCACCACCAUGCGCCGGCUCAUCAAGGACACGCUGGCUCUGUAGGGCCAGGUGCCUCCCGGUGUGGUGGCACCUCUCUGGCACAGCCCCCAGCUCUCUGAGACAGCGUCUCUGCUCGCAUCCCUCCUCUCCGCCUCCAAAAAGCCUCUGCAGGAAGUCUGGCCCUUAACUGGGGCUUGUUACUGGUUU